AUGCGGUCGAGGGAGAUUCGCCGCCGCAAAGGAGGAGGAGUAGGAGGCGCGAUUCCGGUGAGUCACAGAGGACGAGCAGGUGAAAAAUGGAAACAUCAGGGGGAAAUAAAAGAGACUUCCUUUGCCCGACGUCUGCGCGGGCAUCCGGACAACGAGGAGGCGCGCGGUUUUGAGAGAAAUGGCGCUUUUUUUCGACUGCAUGCGCCCCAGGGAGAAGAAGACAAGCGGUGGAACAGCUCGACAUCUGCAUCUAAGCGGCGGCACGGAGAAGAGCGCCUCGCCGAGCGCAGACGACAGGCACAAAUUCGUUUCUUCCUUUUCUUGUUUUGGGCAAAUGCCAAAGUUUAUUUCGCCUGUUUCGCACAACUUUGGGGACCUCUCGGCUUGUGCGACACAGACCUCCCGUCCUUCGAGAAGAGUAGAGUGUGCAGCCGCUCUCACACUGACCGGAAGAGGACUCUCCGAGUCUUCGAGAAAACAAUUUUCGAAGGAAGUCUCUGCAUAAAUGCCAAAACGUUCUUGCUUCACUGGUUAGAGAGACACCGCAGCCGUCUCUUUCUCUGCGGUUCGCCUCGCUCUCCCCAACCUCCAAGCUGCUCCGUGUCUUUCCUCGCAUAUUCUUAUUCUCCCUUCUUCUCCUCUCUGAUUCGCUUCUCUGAUUCGUUUCUCUGA